GUCUCCGGUGUUAUCCAGUCUCGACUCUCGCGUCGUUCGUUACGGAGCCCAACAACCACCAAAAACGGCAGGUGGUCAACAUCAUGUGCUAUUGUGGGUGACAAAAAAACGCGAUUUAUUUUUUCAAACGACAAUUAACCGAAACGAAACACCCUCCAGAGCUUACAAAAAGCCAAAUUUGGAGACGAGACUUUCGCAUCGCCAUUUUGAUGUUUUUGGAGGGAGGAAACGGUCAUUCCGUAUUGCACAAUGCGGAAUGAUGACGUCACAGCAUCAGUUGGUGGAAUUGGGGCUGGAUUGUUGUAGAACCGGUGACCAGUAGGCAUUUACAAUGUUCAGGGGGUGAAUAAUAAAAAAUAUGAAGUGGAGGUGUCGAAAUCACCUGCGUGCGAAGAAAAAGCGGAAGAUUGGUAAUUGUGAACAACAGUGUGAGAAUGUGAAUGAAUUUUCGUGAUUUUUUUUAUUCAUUAUUACUCCCAGAGAACAUUUUUUGUUGAUAUAAUCACUCGACCGGACGCCAUUUUGUUCCCUUGGAUUGUAUUGUAGUGGUUCUCGCCGAUUUAUGUGGCCAGAGGAGGCACAAGUGGGUCCAUUCCGUACGUUCUUGGGACUCACCGAUAAUUAGUUGUGUGAUUUUCUAUUAUCCCCAAUAGUAGGGAGAAUUUUACGAAAUUUUUUGGGUUGAGCAUUGGAUAUUUUUGUGAGGAGAGCCCGGAUUGCCAUGGGGAAGUUCAGCCCGACGAGAGUAACUAUGGACUGGCAUGGCGUUGUCGCCCUCACCUGUGCACUGAUGCUGACGAUAACACGAUCGGGAGGAAACGCUCUAGCUGCCCAAAUACCAUCUGGACAUGGUCUUCCCACCUCGACUGCUGCGGUUGCAAGCACCGUGCGGAUCGAAUGUGCGAGUGAAUCGAUAAUUGUUCACAUAUCCACGGAAGGAAACACCGUUUUCCAUGGGCUCGUGUAUCCCCGAGGACUAUCAAAGAACAGCUCCUGUUUACAGGAAUUCCGGAGUGAGCCAGCACCGAUAACUUAUCAUCUGCCUCUCAGAUCAUGCAACACCAUGCCCACAGAGUUGGAGGAUGGUGGAAUAGAAUAUUUCAACACAAUAGUGGUUCAGCCUCACUUGAAACUUGUAACGAAUCAGGGCCGAGGCUUUCACGUUCGAUGCCGUUAUCAAACUCGAGACAAAAUCAUCACCAAUGAUCAGACGCGCGUUGCCAUGUUGCAAUCGCUUCCGUUACAGGCAAUGGCUCCCAUGCCCGGCUGUACCAUGAAAAUAUUCUCUGGUGAUCCGACUCGUCAUCACGUUGCCGAGAAUGUGAAAAUAGGAGAUCCAUUGACACUUGUUAUCAGCAUCGAUAAACAGGAUAUGUUUGGACUUAAGAUUUCUGAUUGCAUUGUCAGAGAUGGACUUGGAUGGGGUGAGCAAAGGCUCAUUAAUGAUGAAGGAUGUCCAGUUGAUGGCGAAAUAAUGGGCCAGUUCACGUACAGCGAGGACAAGACAGAAGCUCGAGUUAAUUUUCAAGCACACAAAUUCCCUUACACUGCCUCGGUCUACUAUCAGUGCAAUGUGCGACUAUGCACAACACACGGUGGUGGAUGUUCAGAUACGCCUCCAGAGUGCAACGAAGUGGGACGACGAAAGAGAGAGGCAGCAGGUAGAGCCAUUGAUGAUAAGGAUUCGGUGGGAUUCGAUGGUACGCCAGCGACAAUCGAAGUUUAUAGUGGAUUGUACGUAAAUGAGGCGUCCGAUCUGGGGGGAAAGACCGAUCCAAUAGACGAUGUCUUCCGAGAAAGAACAAUCAACGAUAGCGAUGCAAUUUGCAUAUCCCAACGGAGCUUCGCCAUUGGCAUUGCAAUCGCCGGAUUAAUCCUGAUGGCAGCGGUCGUAGCAGCAAUUUUAGUACUUCUAGCUAAAAGACGUCACAAGAACGUAUCCACCACUGGCUCCUCGAUCUACAGUGGCCCCUACACAAACACAGCUUACAGUCACAGCAGCUGAAUAAAUAUAUCCAUAUUCUAAUCUUCCCGAUCAAUUAAAGUAAUCAGAGAAUUUUUCUCAACUUUAUCGACUCAACACUUCGAUUCGUCGGGCUGAAAUUCUUGUUUUCGGACGAAAACGAGAAGAACUUUGAUUUUCUAUUCUCUUGCUCAAGCUUUGCCUUGUAUUAAUACUCCUUAGUACCCUCAGCGAAUAAUGAGGGAGGACGAUUAAGAUCCUAGUUUUUAUACAGCCGAGUCGAAUGGCCGUUCAUACCUCUGUUAACAUGAAUAUUAUUUUUUAAGAGUUGAUUUAUUCAUUUGACUUUUUUCCUCUGGUCCGGGCUCGACUAUCUUUGUUCAGGAUCAUAUCUCGUCUUCAUUAGGGCUUUCAAAUUGAUUAGGCUCAUUAGAUUGGGAGAAAACUGAGAGAACUAUUUUUAGGUGAUUUUUCAAUGAUUUUUAGAUCGGAAAAAAGGAAGGAAGGAAUUUCAAAUUUCAUCUUUUUUGAAACCUACAAAACAAAUUUAUUAGUUGAAGAGUGGAAAUUAUUGCCAUUUUGAGUGAAUUACUAAUUGAUAAAAAUAUAGAUUAAAAUUGUAAUUGGGCAAUCAAUGGGUGAUGGGUAAAAGCAGGUCAUUAAUUACUGCUUUAGAGAUGAAAAAUGUGAGGAAUAGUUGAAUAGAUUUUCAAAUUUUCCUCCAUUUUUUUCUUCCAAUAGGAUAAAAAGUGCAAUAUCAAGGAGACAGCGAGUGAGUCGACUGCAGCAUUGACGUUGGUUCACAGUGACAUUGGGGAUUAAUCGAGUUAAUUGGGAAGCGAAGUACUUUAUUUUAAGGUUUUUUGGAUUUUUGGGGGAGGUGAGGGGUGGUUACAGUCAAAAAUCCUAUAAUGUCGCUCUGUACCCUCGUCAACAACUUUAUGUAGCAUUCAGUGACUAUUUUUUUGUAAAUAACGAGGUAAUAAAAAUAUAAUUCUUAUCUUUGACGAUAUCAAA